ACACAAUGGACUGAAACUCCCAGAGAGACAUCAACACGAUCAGCUGUGAAACCCUCAGCUACUACCGAGCGACCCUCCAAUCAUCCUUUCUGCUAGCCUCUGGACGUCCAGUCUUGCCCCCAGGUCUCAUCAGAUCCUCAGGUAUGAUUCAAAGGAAGGAGGUUGUGCUGUCUGUUCUGGGGGAGCUCCAGGAGGCCACGGAGAGCUCCGGCCUGGACGCUCUGACCCGAGUGGCCCUGGAGGUGGACCAGGUCCUGGCUCCUUUCCAGCUCCCCACGACCCCCUGUCAGGAUUUCCCUGAGUGGGCAGGCGUGGAUGACGCUGCUCAUGGCCUGUACCCAACCGAUGCACCCCUGGGCCUCCUGCCUCUAAACUGCAAGGGAGAGGGCAACCUACUGUUUGAUGCAGUUAGCAUGCUGUUAGUGGGCAACACUGAACUUAGCUUGGAGCUACAGGUACGGACAGUGGUGGAAAUGGUGCUGUGGAAGAGAUACUACCUGUCUGGGAUGAUUGAUUCAAAAAUGAUGCUUCAGGCUGUUCGCUUCAGCCUCUGUGCAGAAGAGUCCGAGGACAUGCUCAACCUGCCUGUGACAGUCUUGGAGGCCAUCUUCGAUGCGGACGUCAAAGCGUCCUGCUUCCCUGGCUCCUAUGCCAACAUGUGGCAUGUGUACGCUCUGUCUUCAGUCCUGCAGUUUAACAUCUACUCCAUCUACCCCAUGUUCAACCUCAAGAUCCGACCCUAUUUCAACCGUGUCAUACGUCCAAGGACCCGGCCUAGUGAUGCCGAGCCACUGACCCUUCACGUCAUGUGGUCUGGCCAGCUGCAGUCCGAGGCGUUGUUCAGGCCAGAUCAUUUUGUGGCACUAGUCCAGAUGAGUGACCUAACAGCUGGAAGCCCUGAUAGCGAGCAGAGGGAGUCGCCGACCCAGAGCGAGGAGAUGCUGAGCCAGGACUCGCAGCUUUCAUACCCGAGCCUGAAGGACAAGUACAACAUCACUAAGAGGACUUUCUACCGCUGGAAGAGGCAGACACAGGAGCACUGCAAAAAGUCAGCAGCGAGGUACGAGGCAAAGUAUUUCCUGCAAGCAUGCUACUUGGCGGGCAAGCUCAUCCCUCUACACCAGUUUAAAGAGUUUUUCCCAGAAAUAUCAAGGUCGUCCUACUAUAACUGGAAGCAAGAGCUCCUGAAGACUGGAGGAAUCUUCUCCACCGGAUCGUCGACCGGAGAGAUCAGUCCUGGAGAGAGCACGGAACAGGAGGCCUGGUCUUCACCUGAAGCAAAGCAGGACGAGCCGGACCACCAUGACAGUGUGGCCACCAUGUUUGGGCUCAGCCUCGGCAAGUUGGACCUGGAGCGGGCCCAUAAUGUCGCUCAUAUGCAGGAAGCUAAGCGAUGUCUGCAGAAUUGCAUCGCCAUGAACACCUCCCUCCCCUUCAGGGUCUUCAAAAGAAAUUUCCCAGGGAUCUCCAGAUCAACCUACUACAAUUGGAGGAGAGAAGCCAUGCGGUUCAACAGAGGUUACAAAGGCAGCGCUGGCAGCAGCGAGGACAGCUCGGAUGCUGACAAGAGCCAAAGUCCAAAAAGUCUGUCGCCAGUCAUGCCUAACACCAACCAUCCCGUCUUUCCCAGAACGAGGAUCUGCAGGCGAAGACACAAAAGCUUCAGGCUGGCGUACAUGAGUAAAAAGCAGCUCCGAGAUGCUGCAAAACUGCAUGUCCAGAAGUCCAAAUGGUCCCUGACAAAGUUCAAGCUCAAGUUCCCGUCCAUGUCCCCUUGUUUCUACUGGCUUUGGCGCAGCAGUCAGAACCGCAAGAAGAAGGCGGUCACACAGAGUGCAGGCGCCCACCUUCCUGAAAGUCUUGACAACACUGCCGCAGAAAGCAAGGUUUUGGAGAGGAUGGUGGAGAGUCAGCAUGCCCUCCCGUUUGUUGAGAGUCCUAAAUAUCUACAGAGUUCCCCCAUGCCCCCCUUUGAUGCCCCAAAUUCAAAGCUCACCCUUCACGGCAAGGCACCGAUAGAUGAGCAGAUGUUUGCGAUGGAUGUUAUUGCUCUGGCUAACUUCAAGGCCAAGGCCAAGCUGUUCCUGCAGAAACGUUUUGAGGAGAAAUCCUUCCCCACAUUUAAAGAGUUCAGGUCUUACUUCCCAUUCACCCCACGCUCAACGUACUACAUGUGGAAGCGAGCUUUGCAUCAUGGGGUGUCACUGGUGCAUGGGUAA